UGCAUAGCAUACCAUCUUCAAGAGAAGCUCUCAUGACGUGAGAGGCCUCAGCGAGAGAGAGAGAGAGAGAGAGAGAGAGAGAGAUCUUGUGAGAAAGAAAACUUGUGUGAGCGGAAAAGGGUGAGAGAGAUGCACCCUUACAGUCGGAUUUCGAGUAGUGGGCACAGCACUCCGUCACCGCCACAGUCGCCGCUGCGGUCGCCGAGGUACCGGCAUGGAAAGGGGAAGGGAGGGAGGUUUCCCUCGGGGCAGCAACCAAGGACACUCGUGCAGAGAAUCGCGUGGAUCCUACUCUCCGUCAUUCUUCGUCGACAGGGUGUUUUCCUCUUUGCCCCUCUCAUUUACAUCUCAGGGAUGCUACUCUACAUGGGCACUGUGUCCUUCGAUGUGGUUCCACAUAUUAAGCCUCGUCCUCCCCCAGGCUCCGUCUACCGCAGUCCACAGCUCUACGAGAAGCUUCGUCCUGAGAUGGAUUCUGAUAAUUCUUCCUCUUCUGCGGAUGGGUUAGCAACUGUGUGGAAACACUCUUACAAAGGUGGUGAGUGGAGACCUUGUAUUAACAAGAGCAUAGAGGGUUUACAUGCUUCAAACGGUUACAUAUAUGUGGAGGCAAAUGGUGGCUUGAAUCAGCAAAGAACAUCGAUAUGCAAUGCAGUUGCUGUGGCAGGUUAUCUGAAUGCAACACUUCUAAUCCCACACUUCCAUUUCCAUAGCAUUUGGAGGGAUCCAAGCAACUUCAAUGACAUCUAUGAUGAGGAUCAUUUCAUUGGUACUUUAAAAAAUAAUGUGCGGGUGGUUGAUAAGAUACCAGAGUACAUAAUGGAACGAUUUGAUCACAACAUGAGUAAUGUUUAUAACUUCAGAGUAAAGGCUUGGUCAUCCAUCAGAUACUACAGGGAUGCAGUUCUUCCAAAGCUACUUGAAGAACAGGUCAUAAGGAUUUCUCCUUUUGCAAAUCGAUUGUCAUUUGAUGCUCCUCCAGCAGUACAGCAUCUUAGAUGCUUGGCAAAUUAUGAAGCUUUAAAGUUUUCGAAUCCUAUAUCAACUUUGGCAGAAAGUUUGGUUGCAAGAAUGAAAGAACGCAGUGCAAAAAAUAAUGGAAAAUAUGUUGCAGUUCAUCUACGCUUUGAAGAGGAUAUGGUUGCCUUCUCUUGUUGUGUUUUUGAUGGUGGGGAAGAAGAGAAAAAGGAAAUGAAUGCUGCUAGAGAAAGAGGUUGGAGAGGAAAGUUUACCAAACCUGGUCGUGUUAUUCGGCCUGGAGCAAUCAGGAUCAACGGGAAAUGUCCCCUUACCCCGUUGGAGGUUGGAUUGAUGCUUAGGGGCAUGGGUUUUGAUAAUAGCACAUCUAUUUAUUUGGCCUCCGGAAAGAUAUACAAGUCUGAGAAGACCAUGGCCCCACUUCUGGAGAUGUUUCCCCUUUUGCAGACUAAAGACACACUAGCAUCAGUGGAGGAACUUGCUCCAUUUAAGAACUUCUCUUCCAGGAUGGCUGCUUUAGACUACACUGUUUGUCUCCACAGUGAAGUAUUUGUGACAACUCAAGGUGGAAAUUUCCCGCAUUUUCUACUGGGCCAUAGGAGAUACUUGUAUGGUGGACACUCCAGGACAAUCAGGCCCGACAAGAGAAAGUUAGCUCUGAUAUUCGAUAACCCAAACAUCGGGUGGAAGGCCUUCAAACGCCAAAUGCUGAGCAUGCGAUCUCAUAGUGAUGCAAAAGGAAUUGAGCUCAAAAGACCAAAUGAUUCCAUAUAUUCCUUUCCAUGUCCAGAUUGCAUGUGUCGUGUGAACAAAUCAGAAGAUCAUAGAUCCUCAUCAGCUCCCUGAUUUAUUUGGAAAGAAUUUCUGAUGGAUUGUUUUUGUUCCUAUAACUUGGUACGUGCAUCUCGUCGUUGAUCCUCAUUCUUUACAUUGGUGUAAUUCUUUGAUUUUUGCCAUCGACGAGAGGUAUCGCACAAAUUUCAAGCUUCACUCACUUUCUUGGAGAGCACAUUGCUCGGAUUCUUUCCCUGGGGAUGUAAGGGAGAGUUACACCCCAUUUGUACAUGCUAUCGGAAGAGAAGAGAAAGCAAAUUUUCUAGACAACGAGUUAGUCGGGCAUUGACGACUGCCUAGGCUAAUUUUUCUGCCACAGCUGCUGUAUCUAACAAAGCCGUGACCUGGCAAAUUGCAUUCAUUACCCCAUCCUUUUUUACCAUAGAUUGUAUAUUGUUUGAUCUCAUCAGUAUCUCAGAAGACUGUAAAGAUGAACAGACAUUGUAUACGUUUGUCAUUAAUCCGAAUCAGUU